AAGUUUACGAUACUUUACCAAGACGUGUACGCAAAUAAUUCUCAUGUCACCAAGUCAUUCUACGACAAACUACGAAAGCAUUAUAGGAAUGGCGAUUAUAAAAUUAAUAAAAUUGUGGAUGACUUCUUCAAAGAAGUGCUAAAGAGAAUGUAUGUAUAUGUAAAAGGAGGGAAGGCAUCGGAUUUUGAUAUGGACUGCGUUUCAUUGACAUAUUACCAAAUACAGCCAUUUGGAAAAGUCCCAAGAGAGAUAAUUCCUCGGUUAGAAAGAUCCAUCGCUGCAGCUAGAUCAUUGAUCUAUGGUUUAAAAGUUGGAAAUACAGUUGUUGAGAAGCUCAAUAACGAUGGAUGGUUUUCUGACAAAUGUUUGAAAUCUGUUACAAAAAUGAGCCAGUGUUCAAUUUGUGCUGGGUACAGUAAUCUUAAGCCAUGUGCUGGACAUUGUAUCGACGUUUUUACUGAAUGCCUCUCUUCAUUGACUAAAUUGGAACAUGUCUGGGAUGAUUAUCUCUUCUAUUUAACUUUUCUUGGCUCUAAACUUUCCGCAGAAUAUGAUUUUGAUGCGAUCACUAGAGAGUUACCUAACGAUAUAUCCUUUGGAAUCACCAACUGUCGAGAUGCACUUAUACAAAAAAUUAUACCCAAGGUCUGUAAAAUAUUUUUUAUAUAA